AUGUCCGGAACGCGGUUCGAUGCGACAAUGCCGGGGUUGCAGGCACCGCUCCCCACCCAGGGGGCGAAUCUUCGCGGUAUCCGGACUUUCAGAGCUUAUGCGCAGGGUGGAAGAGACAAAUACCGUCCCUUGGCUGGCGAUGUGGGCGAGGAAAGGGGUUAUGCGGAUGGGAUGCUUACACCCAGUUCCCCGGCUCCGACAUGGUUCACGCGACAUCGAGUCCAAUUGCGAGAGGUUUCAUCUAUUAUGGUUCUGCGAUUGCAAGGAUAUCCGGCCUUAGCAGGUGAACUAUGGCCUGCUGUCUCCUCCCCCGGACUAGUGGCAAUUUGCGAGGCACGGAAGCGGGACGGCGAUAGAUACAUCAAGAUUCAAGGCUGUCUAGACCACGGAUAUCCGGAGAACGCCAUCGACAAGACACGCCAGAUUGGCAACAACGCGAUCGCCGAAUCAUCACGCGUAAAGGGCUUUUCCAUCCACGCCAAGCUCCGCGGGUAA